AUGGAUGGGAAGAGUGUAAGCGAUUCCGUGAUGACCGGACAAGAUUCAGUGAUUUUACCGAUGCCUGGCUACUAUCAGAUGGUCACGUCUGUUGUACCCAUUCAAUUGCACAUUUUACGGAAAAUACCCGAAGAUUUUAACUAUUUCUAUCAGUUCACGACGUAUUGCCAUUGGAACUGGGUGGAUGCGUUUCUCGUCCUAUUUCUCGCCGUGUUUUGGACCGCAACGAGAGCCACCUUGACGUAUUACAUAUUUAAGCCCUUCGUGGAUAAAUUAAAUUUGAUGGAUGAAGAACGUACAACAAAAGCAACAGAAAAUCUGUUCAAAUCUACGUGGUACACUCUGUCGUGGAUUUACACUACUUCUAUAUUAUUCAGUGGCAAGUACUCCAUGUUCCAAGACCCGGCGUCUGUAUUCACAGAUUGGUCCAAUGGAAUGGAAGUACCCUUGGAUAUUUACAUCCUUUUCGUCUACCAGUGUGGUUUCUAUGUACAUUCUAUCUAUGCGAGUAUUUACGUUGACGUCAUCAGAAGCGACUUCUGUCUGAUUAUAGCACACCACGUGUUGACAAUUAUGUUACUUGCAUUUUCGUUUGUAGUUCGGUACCAUAAACUCGGUGUAUUGGUCAUUUUCUGUCAUGACAUCUGUGAUGUUCUCCUGGAGAUUGCCAAGAUAUUCAUACAGACCAAAGACAGAAACGGGAAAUUCCACGUGUUCAAUGAAAUCAUGGCGAACAUAUUUUUCGGGUUCUUUAUAGUUGUAUGGAUCUUAUGCAGGUUAUAUUGGUACCCACUCAAAGUGUUAUAUGCAGCUGGUAGAUUCUUCUUUCCUGUUGCUCCAUUCGUCACCACAUUCAACGUCAUGUUGUGGUUGCUAUUAAUGAUGAAUAUCUACUGGUUUUGGCUUAUGUUGGGUAUAGUAGUACGUUUGCUGACUGGAAACAUGGGGGACGGUCUUAAGGACACCAGAGAAGAAAAUGGCGUAGAACAUGGUCAAGAAAUUCUGCAGGCGUUGUUACGAUUAGUGAGCGGAGGCACGAACAAAUGCGAAGAGGACAUACGGGAACAAGAUGGCGCUGUGAUUACCCAACAAAGAGAAGAGAAGAAGAAGAAAAAAUCAAUAGUUUCCAGGGGAGAGGGCAGAAGUUGCGCGGCGUUAGUUGUCAGGAGUGGUGAAAUUAACUGA